AUGAAAGUCCAACUCCUCAUCACGCUCCUACUCACCCUCCUCACGACCCUCACCGCCGCGCUCCCUGCUCUCCGAGACUACACCGUCGAGAUCACCUACCCCCCGGACGUCGGCGACGCCAAUCCAGCCGACGCGGACCGCCCGUACUACGUCAACUGCCGCUCCGGCGACUCGGCCGACGACUGCGUCGCGCACCACGGCGCGCGCUGCUCGGCCCGCGGCGAGUUCUUUGCCAGCUCCUCGGCGGACGAUGGGCGCGGAUGCACGAGCAGACAGUGCUCUUGCCGCUCUUGA